GAUUGCCGCAUAGCGCUCUGUCUCGCUGGUUGUUGACAGAAUUAUGCGGGGACUUGCCCUGAGAGUCCUGCGUUCCAACGGGCUGAGGCGAGGGUUUCCACGCCCGCCAUCUGCCGCCGCCGCCGCCUCCCGUUCGAGUGGAUCCCUUCUUCCCGGCGUGACCACGUCCUCCGCUUCCUCAACGCCCCAAGCUGGAGAUUCGACGGUGGAGAUCUUUCCGGAGUUUGGUACGCAGCUCUUCGGCGCCUCUCAUCUCGGCUCUCGUCGGACGCUUAUUUUGAGCGCAAGAAACAAUGAGAGUACUUCUUUCUUUAGGCAAUUCUCGUCCAUCAACGAGAGUGAUGCUUCAGAGGAUUUGGCACUUGAGGAAGAAGCUGAAAGGAAAUUUGGGUGGGUGCUGAAAGCCAUCUUCAUAGGGACUGCAGGACUUGUUGCAUUCCAGUUUUUCCCUUACAUGGGAGAUAAUCUAUUGCAACAAUCCAUUUCUCUUUUGCGUGUCAAGGAUCCUCUGUUUAAGAGAAUGGGAGCUUCCAGAUUGAGACGUUAUGCAGUUGAUGAUGGAAGGAGAAUGAGAGUGGUGGAGUUGGGUGGCGCUCGAGAGCUGUUGAAUAUGCUGAAGACUGCCAAGGAUGACAAAACGCGCAAAGAAGCUCUGAAAGCUCUGGUUGCUCUUUCACACUCUGAUGAAGCUGCUGGGGCUUUGCACCAAGAAGGCGCGGUCCCUAUUAUUAGCUCGACUCCAAACUCUUUGGAAUACACCGAAGUCGAAGCAUACAAGUCUAGCAUAAUGAAGAGGUUUCAAGAGCUCAAGUAUGAGAUAAUACCAACAGAGGUUGAAGUUGUUUUGUAAUCCAAUUUCCUGAUGCCAAAUUGCUUAAAUGUUCAAUUCUGCUGCUUGUUUUCUUUUUAAAUUGCUCUCGUCAACUGAAGUAUAAACUUCAAUGUGUUUUUGGCUCGUCAAAUAAAAAUGCAUCAUUAUACAUGCAA